AACAUUCUCUCUCUCCCCAAUAACAUUCUCAUUAUACUUCCUUCCUCUCCCAACCCCCCCCCCCCCCCCUGUCUCUCUCGCUUCGCUCAUUCUUUCUUGUCUCUCUGCAAUGGAGAAACCGCCAGAGUUAGAUUUGGAAAAACACAAGGCCAUCAGAAUCCUGGGCAAAGGGGCCAUGGGGACUGUGUUUCUCGUCCACGACAUCUCUACCGACCCAACCGCUCGUUCCCCCUUCGCCCUAAAGGUUGUGCAGAGAUCCAAACAUGACGCCGACCGUCGAGCUCGUUGGGAAAUUGGGGUCUUGAAAACCCUUUCCCCUCCCGACCCUGCCCUUCAACACCCUUUUCUCCCUCGUCUUUUGGGUUGUCUCGAAACCCCCGACCUUCUUGCCUGGGCUGUCCCUUUUUGCCCUGGCUCCGACCUCAACGUCCUCCGUUACCAUCAAAACGACCACGUUUUCUCCCCCUCUGUCAUCCGCUUUUACCUCUCCGAGAUCCUAUGUGCUCUCCAAUACCUGCAUUCCCUGGGUAUCGUUUACCGGGAUCUCAAGCCCGAAAACAUCCUCAUUCAACACUCCGGUCACGCCACUUUAACUGAUUUCGACCUUUCCCGCAACUUAAAGAAAAAACCUCCCUCAGAAAUUUUAGCUGACGACAAAAAGGUUCCUAAUUCUUUGCCUCAAUUUACGGCUCGACGUAAACAUCGACUCAAGUUCUUUCGAUGGAUCCCCGUCGUACCCGAUAACAAAUAUAACUAUGCUUUGAAGAAAGCGAAAUCAGCCCGAGUCAGCCCAGUGAGUCGACGAAAGCUGAGUUUCUCAAACGAGGAACGUUCCAACUCUUUCGUGGGCACCGAGGAAUACGUGUCACCGGAAGUUGUACGUGGGGAUGGACAUGAAUUCGCAGUCGACUGGUGGGCUUUCGGAAUUCUAACCUACGAGAUGCUCUACGGGAGGACGCCGUUUAAAGGGAAGAACCGAAAAGAGACGUUUCGAAACGUUUUGACCAAAGAGCCCAAGUUCAUGGGUCAACCAAACGCUUUAACGGAUUUGAUCGGACGGUUAUUGCAGAAGGAUCCGGAAAAGAGGCUUGGAUAUCACGGAGGCGCGUGCGAGAUCAAAGAGCACGCCUUCUUUAGAGGGGUCAGGUGGGACCUCUUAACGGAAGUGUUACGGCCGCCGUUUAUUCCGCCGAGAGACGAUGGUGACUUGACGACAGAAGUAUCCCCAGGAAAUUUUGAUAUAAGAGAAUAUUUCCAGAGUUCGAAGGCUCCAAAUCCGAAGUCGAUGCCACCAUCGCCGUUGUCGGAUCAUAGACGGAACGUUUCAUUCACAGGGUACUAACGCACAUGAAAGGUUCAGUUAGAUAAAAUUAUUUUCCUUUUAGUUUUCAGUUCGUAGUGUACAUAACAUAAAGGUAGAAGACGAUGUUAAAAUGGCAGGAUUAUAACUUGUAAUAUUUGAAAAAAAAAAGAUUUGUCGUAAUAUAUAAUUGUUAAGACAGUUAUCAUA